GUUCGUCUCCCUCUCCUGGCGACUACAGCACGGGAGAAAGCGUUGUCAGCCCGGGGCUGAUUCUGGGGUUGAAGUUGAACAACUCCGCGGAUGUCGGUUCCGCAGAAGAAGCUGUUGUUGCUGAGGACAAGGACCAGUAUCAGCGAAGCAAAAAGCAAGAGGCUACUUCUUGGUCUACUACAACUUCCCGUGCAGCUGCCAACAUCGACUUCAGGUUGCUUCACCGACUUGCCCGCCAAUGCAACAAGAGGGAAAAGAAGGAAAAGACCACGAUCAGAGGGAUGAAGUUCUCCGAGCUGCUAAACGGCAAGGUAUACCAAGAGAAGGAAAAGCAAGGCGAGGUUAGGACGUCACCGGGGAAGAUCGUACCCGUAUACGUCUUAAAAGCCGUCCACCCAGUACCGUCCCCGUUGGCCACUGCAAUCGAGAGACUGGGCGAGUGGCAGGCAGCGCUCGAGCGGAAAUUUGCGCUACAAGCAGCAGAAGACCAGAUGAGCAGUAAUUCGAAAAUAAAUGCUCCUGCAACUUCUAGGAGUCACCUUCUCUCAGUCUUACGACCAGACACUAAGCGGCAGGCGGAGGAUGGCGCAAGGAGGUACGUGGGCUAUGUGAAGCGGCUGAGGGAGCAACUCCGAGAAAAGAUCCAAUGGUACCGCGAUCCGUGUAAGGGCGGCCGCUGGAUGGAGGCAGAAUUAGUCACGAAAGAGGAGGGGUCAUCUACCGACAUCGAAUACGCCGACCGCAUCUAUGGAAGUUGAAGUUCUCAAACGUUACAUUCGCAAUCGUUGCAUGAAUUUGUGAUGCAAGAAUAGUAAAAGUGUAAUUGUACUGAGUGGCAGGCCGUGGCCCUGACCGGGGGGUAUUUUGCUUUUUGCGCCUCCUGCGUUAGUAACGUCAAAUUAGCAAGGAACAAGUUCGUUGUGUGGACAACGGGGGCUGAUGCUGAUUGAGAACCUAACGGUUCUUGAGAAUCAUGUAACAGUUGAGAGUGUAACGGUUGAGAAUCCCAUACCAUUGACAAGGGGAAAGAGAAACACACACUACAAAAAGACGUACCCCGUGCAAAAAUUUUACACCGCCGUAGCCACGACCUAAAAAUGAACGACUUUUUUCUCGUUGUACUCGUUGAGGCUGACAAGAAAUAUCUGUAUGCUCAUGCAAAAUUAUGAAUAUACAAAUGAUUUUAGUAGAACAGCGUGGGAUAAUUUUGCAUAAUCCAUGAGCACGAUCAGUUCGUCUGAAUAAAGUGUGUAAAAAGUACAAUCUCAAUAUGUCAUACAGAUCGAUGACCGCCACCGCUGCAUCGUCCUUUUGCAUACGUAUGGACGUCGAUGAGAAACUUGUAAGUGGAUCUACCGUCGUGAAGAGCUUUUUUCCAGGAUAGAGCGGGGUCAAGCAUUUGCGGAAAACGAUUCGGGAGUCCAUGAUUAUGUUAGGCGGUACGAUUCCGGAGGACCAAGAACGCGCGUUUCGUCCCAUGCAUCCGCUUUGCUGUCCCGUGUUACCGAACUUCCGCCAUCCCGACCGUGUUACCGAGCUAGAAAAAAUGCAGAUACCGAACGUGCAACAGAGAGCCGCGCUCGCCCGUGUGGUCGCACCCACGGCCGCGAUCGGACAGCCUCUGCAGGCUAGUGAUCGUGUUGUGCAGGCAGGUCCUCGUCCAACAGCGCAAGAGCGUCCGGCUGCCGCUGGUUGUACAACUUCUAGCCACUCAAGAGCAGUAGACGCAGGCAGGAGAGAAGAAGUACUACAAGGUAGAAAUUUACUCCUCGCGGACUCUAGUACAGCGGCCUCCUCGUCGACCGCAUCUUCUUCAUCUCCAUUUUUACCAUUUUCACAACAUCCCUCAUUUGCGACCGCGGGGUUCCAGAGGGGUCUACAACCGGGGGGCGCACCAUACAUCACCUUCCAACCACCUCCGCGCCCCAGUCAGGUUUCGUCUGCGUCAACUGGUGCGUCAAGAAUGGCUGGAGGGGCGCCGUUGGCGUCGUCCACUUCGGAGCAGGUCGGGGAGGAAAAUGGAGUAAAAGCCGCCGCCUUGUCCCUGCGCAGCAUUGCCAACCCCGGAGCCGACGCAGCAGCCCCGCAGACCAUCGGAAAAGCGGAGCUGGAGAUGUGGUAAAUAUAGGUCUCCGACGACAAUAAGAACAGGCGCAACUCCUGUUCUGUGCAGCCCGGACAAGUACGUCCUUCAUUUUUCCCCAUUUUGACCGGAAUAAAAGACCCAAAAAUAACACAAAACUCACAAGAAAGUCGCUGAUAGGAAAGUAACUCGAACUACAACAUGAAGAACUACUAGUAGGUACCUCCCGCAAGCUCCUUUUUUACUUUUUUCGAGCAGAGGGAUUUCUUUUUCUACUACGUACUCGUACUAACGCACGCUACCAAGAGCGCAUACUGGUCCGCAGCGUUGCAGUUCGUAGUUACUCGACUUACAGUUAGACAUGAAAUGAACGAAGAGAACGCAAGCCGUUCAGGCAGGCACACGUAUCUAGAAAUUAUACGUCGGUCUCGGUACCGCAUUCACUCACAUAAAUGUAUGAUCUGUGGUAAUAUCUGAUGUAAGUAAAUUCCUGCAUUAGGUUCGAUUCCUGGUCCGUUUUCUACGACGAGUUAACGAAAAGCGGUCAACAACCUUAUUUGAUUACGUGCACUAGCACUUCUUGCUCUUGAACUUGAUGAUAGAACUAAAAAAUACGGCAUCCUGAACAAGAUGAUCGCGCAACCGUUUCGGUAGCGGAACAAGCGACAGCCGAACGGCAGGUGGUGAACAGGACUUUUGAUCCGCCACUUCGCAACUCUAACUGAGCAAAACUGCACUUAAAUAAUCUGCGACGUUGUGCUAGCACAUAGACAUAACUUAACUGUCUAUUUGGACAAAAAAAGCACGAUGACCAAAAGCACGAAAAAAAGAGAAGGAAAGGCAAGAACCGGAACGACGAGCCAGCGCUAAUAUGCAAAAAUCAUUGGAAGAAUUUGAUUUAAUUCCUGGGCAACAAGUUGAGAAUCACUUCACAUUCACCAAGGGCGGGAGGCUCUUUUCGGUGAAGUAUUCUGCAAGACGCGUUUCCCCGGGAAGAUAACAUUGUAUUCUUCCUUUGUCUUGAGCACAGACAACUAACAGGAAUAGCACUGAUUAGAAAGCAUCAGCUUUAUUCCUUUAGUAGUAGUUACAAUUCAUCGCGGUUACGUAGUACUAGUUUCGCAUAUAUAUUUUCCACUACUCGUACUCGCGUACACUUGUACUCAAACUCCUGUAUCUGUUGUAUCUGUAAUUUGUUGUAGAAAUGUGCUGUGAAAGAUGAGGAAUAAGUGCUAGCUUGGAGGAAUCAUUUUUCGGGGCCCGGAAAGAAAGGUUCUCCUGCAGGUGCCGAAGACAUGGCGCCGCCCAUGUAUUAUUUGCAAUCUUGACUACAGCAUCAGCACCGAAAAAUGAAACUCCAAGUCGCACUAAACCUUCGACGAUGUGUUUUGAUCAAGGAGUCAGUUGUGUGCAAGAUCGACCUGACACUCGAAGUGAAGAAACUAGAAUGUCAAAAGGUCGAGAUCUGUAGUCAUGGGACCGGUCUCAUAUUACCAGAUGGAAAUGGAAUCAUUUAUUUAGACCUGUUGUGAGAAUAUGAUUUCGCAUCUGUGUUGUGUUGCCUGUCUGUCGUCCUAACAGGUCAUUGCGCAACUUUACGACCUGAUUAAGCUAGCUUUACUUUUGAACACUUUUUUUAUCCUAAAUUAAACAAUAGCAAUGACCGGCAGGUGGGGGGGGAAGCUGCGACUCGCUUCCAUUUGCAACGGUUAGCUCAGAAAGGUAUGACCGCAGUGAAAAGACAAAUACAACAGUACCAAACUGUACUUGUCGUAUGAUUCGCUCCAGCUGACGAUUUCUCGUUCCACCUAUUUCAACCGAAAAAUUUCAGGCGUAGUUUGAAACUAGUAUCUCUGUUGUAUGAUGGAUGAAACAAAUAGCACUACAAAUCAAAAACAAAAUCUACAAAACUAAACUGCUCUUCUAUUGAUACUUCAGCGACAAAUAAAAACAACAGGCGUACCCGUACGAAAAUUAAAAAUAUUCGCCUAUCUAGAAGAAGAUCAUGAUCAUGGGGUCGUCCAUGGUGGAUGAAGAGCAUGAUUUACCAACGCAGGACCAGGAGGAUCAUCAACUACAAGCGGUUGCAUAUCUUGUUGGAUAGCGCACUGGUUUUGGCUGGCUGUUGUAUGUGGUGCAGUUGUGCCACCGACCGGGACCGAAGCACGUGCACUGCGACAGGAACACACGAGUUAUUACGACGAGCUUUUUUUAUCGAGAAGUAUUACUACGUACUAGCGCAGAACUUUUUUUAGGCAUGGCAUGAGUACAUACAACUAGAGAGUAGACAUGAACCACACAUGGGUAUUAGCACGAGGUUACACUGUAUUUCUUGAUAUCCUUGGAGCUGUCGCGUAGUUGUACGUGAGUCGCAACGAACAAUACUAGACUACAGCUCUUUAUUUGGAUUUUAUCGUGUCACCGAGUACGGAUGAUUUUUAGCUUUAUCAAUCGCAGGACCAAGAGGUGUGCAAAUAAGAAGCUUGAUGUGCGAUGUGAUCGCGUCUUAUCCGAUGAGAGGAAUCAUCACUAAUCGCUGCGGUAAAAUUAUAUGAUGCUGUUGCUGUGCUACCACCCACCCGGGUGGUAAUUGUAAUUUUACGAAAUGCUGGAUAUGGAUAUUGUGUACGAGGCUGAAACACAGUCACAAAAGUUAUUACAAAGGAGAAAAAUGACAAUGAGG